AUGUGUUACUAUGGUGGAUACUAUGGAGGCCUGGGCUAUGGCUCUGGUGGCCUAGGCUAUGGCUGUGGCUGUGGCUAUGGCUAUGGUGGCUAUGGCUAUGGUGGCUAUGGUGGCUAUGGUUAUGGCUGCUGCCGCCCACUCUGCUGUAGAAGGUACUGGUCCUAUGGCUUCUACUGAGGAAAUUUGCUGCUCAUUCCAUCUUUCUCCACUUUAAAUGUUCUUAAAUAAGCAUGUAAAACCCAGUUUUAAUUUAAAAUCCUUGAGGAACAGUGAAUCAA